AUGUUAGCUAAGAUGACACGUUACGCGUUGCUAGAAUCGGAAGACAUUUUGAUCAAACGCGAGCGCGUGUUUAUUUCUGAGUCACUUUUUCUGAUUCCGGACGCGGCGAGUGCAAAAGAUGUUCAAUUUACGGCGGCCUUGAAUGAUGCCGAAUUCAGAUGCGGGUUUUCGAGGGUGAUUUCCAAGCCCUCAAAGAAGCGGCAAACAGUACGAUACAAUGAGCUCAGCUUCGAGUCCGGCGGUUGCGUCGCCCUAUUCAACAGGGUCAGAUCCCAAACUCUUGGAUACAUUUCCGCCUCGACUGAUGGAUUUGAAAACGGUUUUAAUUCAUGA